GGCGCCGAACGUAGAAGCGGAGAGAUUGUCCGGUUUGGUGGGGGAAGGCCAGCUCGUGGAGGGGAAACCGCAAGGAUCCUUUGCAAGUGGAGGUGUCUUGGAAAUGACCCCCCAGGACCCCACUGGUGCUGUUUUGGGCUCCUGGGGGCUCCUCUUCCUACUUCUUGCCCCUCUACCCUGCGAUUUGUGCCCAUUCCGCUGUGAGUGCUCAGAACCAACUCGUACCGUGAAGUGUGUUCAGAAGGAGCUGACCGUCGUCCCAGCUGGUAUUCCACGAUAUACCCGCAACCUCUUUAUAAUCAAGAACCAGAUCACGCGCAUUGGUAGCCAGGACUUCCAAGGGCUGCCCAGUCUGGUUACCCUCUCACUGGCAAACAACAGGAUCAGCACGGUGGAGUCCCAGGCAUUCUCCAACCUACAGAGCCUACAUUAUCUGGAUUUGAGUAACAACCCCCUGUUUACCAUUCACCCUGAAGCUUUCAGUGCCAUGACUAACUCUAUCCAGGAGCUAAAUCUUAGCCAUUCACUGUACAACUCGUCUGCUAUCCACUCCUUGGAGACAGCCCUUGCCCGAGGAGGCUUCCGGAAUCUCUCCAGGCUAGAGUUGACCAGCAAUGAGAUUGUAUACUUGCCACCAGGCAUUUUCUCUGGCCUUCACAAGCUCAAGCACCUGGACCUGCGGAACAACUCUCUGGUGGACAUUAAGAAUUCCACUUUUUCUGGCCUUAACCUCAAGUUCCUUGAUCUGACCUUGAAUGCCUUCAGGACUCUGGGAAGAGAAGCUCUGUCUGUGUUUGGGAGGCAGCCACACCUCCGUAUCUUCCUCAAGGACAAUCCUUUUGUGUGCAAUUGUGACAUUGAGGAUCUGGUGAGCUGGCUGAACCAAAGCUGGCAGGUGGCUGAUGUGGACAAACUGGCUUGUGUCUUCCCUCAGGAACUGCAGAACACCUCCUUGGUGGACCAAGCAGGGUCAGAGUUGGAGUGCCACUCCAGCCAAGCUGAAGAAAAUGCUUUUCAGACUUCAUAUGCCGCCUUGGGUGUGGCCCUUGGAGUAAUUGGUGUCAUUUUCCUCUUUGUGCUUUAUCUAAACCGUAAAGGUAUCAAGAUGUGGGUGAACAGCAUGUGGGAUACUUGCCAGAACUUUCUGGAAGAGUAUCAUUAUCGUUAUGAGAUGGAUUCUGAUCGCCGUAUUGCACAAGUGUUGGCGUUGGACAUAUAA